UUUUCUGAGCCGCCCGCAGUGUGAGCCCGUCCCGAGAUGGCGGCUCCGUGCCAGACGCGGACCCUGCAGGUGGUGGACACGGAGAUAACCGCGGACGCGGUGGAGUGGUGCCCGGUGGAGGGCUGGCACAGCAUCCUGGCCUGCGGCACCUACCACAGGAAUGAGCCCCAGGAAAGCAAUGGGGCUUGUGACCGCAUUGGGCGCCUCUACCUCUAUCACUACAACGAGGAGCAGCCUUUCAUCCCACUGACCGAAAUACAGAGGAUCGACACCACUGGCAUCCUGGACAUCAAAUGGUGCCACAUUCCUGUUGCAGAACAUCCCAUGGUUGGCAUUGCAGACUCCACAGGAGUGGAGUUUUGCCACCUGAUGGGAAGCGAGAAGAACAGCUGCAUGCUGGAGCCGUGCUUCAGGGUUGGUCUUGGUGCACAGUGUCUGGCUUUGUCUUUAGACUGGUCCACUGGACGAGAGCAAUGUGGAUGUCCUUUGAGAGUGAUCAGCAGUGACUCAGAUGGGAAGCUGAAUCUUUUGGCCAUAGAUGAGUCUGCUCCUUCUGUGCAUAUCCUGAACCAGUGGAAAGCUCAUAGAUAUCAGGCCUGGAUUGCUGCUUUUAAUUACUGGGACACAGAUGUCGUGUAUUCAGGAGGAGAUGACAACCUGCUGAAGGGUUGGGACACCAGGUGCAGGCCAGAGGCUCCUGUCUUCACCAGCCGGAAACAUUCCAUGGGUGUGUGCAGCAUUCAGUGCAGUCCCCACCGGGAAAACCUUCUGGCUACUGGCAGCUAUGACGAGCACGUGCUGCUGUGGGACACCAGGAACAUGAAGAAGCCGCUGGCAGACACCAACGUUAAAGGUGGUGUGUGGAGGCUGAAGUGGCACCCAACGUUUGACUUCGUGCUGCUGGCAGCCUGCAUGCGGAAUGGCUUCAAAAUCCUCGACUGCCGUGGGAGCUUGGCGGAAAACACAGAGGAAUGCACCAUCCUGUCAUCCUAUGUCUUGCACAAUUCUUUGGCCUAUGGGGCUGACUGGUCAAGGCUGUGUCCAAGGGGUUCCUUGACUGCCAUACAGGACUCCGCUGCUGCUCGCCAGUCUUCAGAGGAGCCUGUGGGAAGAUCAGAGGAAGGAGAUGAGAGACAGAAUUUGGAGGUCCAAAACCUGAAGAUCAUUUAUGAGUCUCCUACAGCUACUUUUGAUGUGAUACUGGAUGAGGAGAGUGAAGGCCCUGCCCCACCACUCAAAGCAGAGCAGGCUCCUGAGCUGCCCAGGGCUCCUGAGCUGGCUGGGGGUUCUGAUUUAAAGGGGAGCUUGGAUUUGGCUGUGGGUCCAGCCCAAGGGGUAGGUUCUGGCUCAGGAGCCAUGAGACCUUCAGGCAUGGGCCUGGCCAGUGAUUCAGCCACAUCUCUCGACAGCCCCAAGGAAAUUAGCAUUGUAGCAACUUGUUCCUUCUAUGACAAAAUCCUCCAUGUGUGGAAGUGGGAGAUGAGCCUGAUUACAAGUGCUGGGUCUCCACCUGAAAGAACAGCCCAAAGUUUGCACUGACCAGAACUGGGGAGAAGGGGAGGAAAACUCCUGUGCCAAGAGUGGCAUCUGCAAUUGGUCCUAUCUGAUUUCUGUUGGGCUUCUACAGUUUUGUUGUUGAGCU